AUGCCGAAGCCAUCCCGGGAGAGGGACCCAAUCCGUAAAGGUGUCUCUUCGGAAGAAUACAGGUUACUCGGUGGUAUCAAGCGGCAAGACCCUCAUGGGGUUCCGAUAAUCCCAGGACAAACGGCAAAUGCCAAGAAGAAGAGCAUCAAUACUGGGAGUUUCAGACCUUACGACUCUAUAUCAAAGGGGUCACGAGCGAGUGGGCCGGUGCCUACUAGGGGAAAGGAAAAGGAAAAGUACUUCAGCAGCCCGUCUCGCCCGAAGCACUCUACAAACACCCCGGAAAGAUCAUCGAAACGUCGCCGAGUUGAGAGUCCGGAAGAAACACCCAGACGAGGAGCCACUCUAGGCGAGGAAGCUCCAGAUCGGUCCCCGGACAGGCGUUCUCCGAGCGUAAUUCGUUUAGACGCGCGCUCGCCAACACCAAGCCAACUCUCCGGCCAAGUAAAACAACCGCGGGAUACCAACGGCGGCAAGGCAUCAGUGCAUCGAGCAAGUGAUAAAGAUGUGAGGAAUCCCCAUUAUAGUCCUAAGAAGAUCACAAACCACCACCAUCGUUUUUCUUCGGAUGACGAUGACCUUAGUUUUACUCGUGACGCAGCCAAGGAAAGACAAGAAGGGCCGGCCAUUACGACAGAGGAUUUUGAAUUCGUCUCGCGAAAGCUACCGGAACAAACGCCAAAUCUCAGCGUGGAAAUAGUAAAAAGGCCAUCGAUCUUCGACAACAGAGCUACUAAAAGCCCCCCACCACAUCGGACGGGGAAAGCACGUGCAUCUUAUUCAAGGGAAAGCCCCGAUGAGCUGCAAGGGGAUGUGACAGUCAGACCAGUGCCAACUUCCCUGAACAAUCCUCGAAGAGAUCCACCGAAUGCAAACACUUCUUCGGAUAUUCGGCCAACAGUCUUCAUAUCUAAUGAAAAGCCGAAGCGUGGGCAUAAAAGCAAGAGGGAAAAGUCGUCUAAGAAGCGCCAUCCAGAAUCCCAGCGGUUUAAAAUCUUAUACUAUCGUGGAACCCCUUGGUUACUGGAUGACCUAGGCACCGAGACUGACCAGCUCGUUGUUGAUCCUGCCAGUGGUGAAAUAACCAUUAAAAUAGCCAAUUCUGGAAUCAUUCGUUCGAUCUCUCUCAAGACGGUGUUGAAAGUCUUUGUAGGGAACACCUCAAGCCGCAAAGUCCGGUUUGAAUUGUCCAAGGUGGAAGGGCAGGAUACAAAAAUAGACCUUGAGCUAUCCUCUUCAGAGGAAAAGGAAGGACUUUGCUCCCUGCUCGAGAGGCUCAAGGUUGAUGUACAGGAAAAGGAGGAGGGAUAUAUAGACCGGAUAUUCAAAAAGAGCGAACGGGACCAUAAACACUUUGCUGGAGCAAAAAACGGGCAUAAACGCCCGCUCGGAUUGGUAGAAGAUACGGAAGAAGCACCUAACCUGCCCUCGGCUACAACUAAAAGAAUGAGGCUGUCAGACGCACUCAAAGACAAAGAUGAAAACUCCGAUGCGCAAAUGAGCUCAAAGACUGCUCCAGAAAAACUUAACAGCCCCCCGCCAACCACGCAUGACGAGAUUCCCCAUCCCAGCCGCGCUUCAAACCCUUUAUCUGGUCCACAACACAGCAUAGGUGUUGAAAUCCCGGUGAAGAAAUUCAAUCAAAACUUACAAACCUCGACGCGUUCAACAAGAGCAAUGGCACGGCAAGCACCGACUACCCUGGUUUGCGACGAUGACGACGGCCCUGGCCACGAGUAUACACUGGAACUAGAUCAUGACGUCGAUAAGAAAAUGACCAAGUAUGUCUCGAAACCUCUCGUCUACCCUCGAUUCGGAAAGAAAAAGGCCGAGGUGAACGCGUUGGAUCUGGAGAGGCUUGCGCCGCACGAGUUCCUCAACGACAACAUCAUCGGCUUUUACAUACGCUUCCUGGAAGAUCACCUCCACCGGUGCAACGCAGAAGUAGCGAAGCGGGUCUACUUCUUCAACUCGUACUUCUUCGCAAGGCUUACCAAUUCUCCCAGAGGUAGGCGCAACAUUAAUUACGAGGGCGUUGAGAAAUGGACUCGGAGUGUCGACUUAUUCAGCUACGACUACAUCAUCAUACCGAUCAACGAGGAUGCACAUUGGUACCUGGCUAUCAUAUGCAACCUUCCGUACUUGGAGGGAAUCAUGGACGAGAGCAAAUUUUCUGCCUCUCAACGGCUCGGCGACACUCAAGAAAUUCCGGAGACUCCAGAGCCUCCUCUCUAUGGGCAGGAAGGAGUUCAACAUGAUACCAAAGAAGAAACGACCAGGCAGUCAUUAGCCUCUAUGGGUAUUUCCGACAAGCAAGGAGUACAUGAGGAGGGGUCAAAACGAGGCCAGGAGGACUGGCCAGAGUAUGAAGAGAAUCCCGAUCUAGCCCCAGCGAAAUUUUCCGAUUUCUCAAGCCAACCACAACCCGACUCGCAAAAAUCGGCUGGAUCACCAAAGAAAUCACGUAAACCAAAGAAGCGGGCACCAACUGGCAUGAAAUACGAUGCUUGUCAGCCAAUCGUCAUUACUUUCGAUUCACUGAAUCAGAGCCGCUCUUCCACCAUCAGCAAUCUCCGCGAGUACCUCUCCGCAGAAGCAAAGUCCAAGCGAGGUAUUGAAAUCAACAAGACCCUGAUAAAGGGAAUGACUGCAAAGGAAAUUCCACAACAGCCAAACUUUUCCGAUUGCGGGCUUUAUCUCUUGGCCUACCUUGAGAAAUUCGUUCAGAAUCCGGAUAUAUUCACCAGGAGACUCCUGCGGAAAGAAAUGCGCUCUAUAGAGGACUGGCCUCCCUUACAAUCCGGUCUCCUACGGACCAGGCUACGUAAAUUUAUGGAGCUGCUGUAUAACGAGCAAGAGCAGCUCACCAAGGCCGAAGCGGACAGGGAUAGGUUGAUGGUAGAUCAGCAGCCAAUAUCCUAUCUCCUUGGUACUCCAGCUACGGAUGUUACGAAGGAAAAGGUCAAAAACGAAAAGAGGAACAGUCCAGAUGUGCAAGUGGAACGUUCACCAUCACCCAGUGCGAAAACGACGAAACCUGACCGACGUCGUGAACCGUCGUCGGCGUCACCGAAGAACCCCGAACCUGACAUCGAGCAUGGCCAGAACGCCGCCAAUACUGAAACGCAAGAAUCCGUGGUAUUGAUCGACCACAAACCCAGAUCACACUCGAUAUCUCCCAGGCGUGAUGCACAAGACCAACCUGCCAAGCGCGCGGUUGUUGAGGUACCAGAUAGCCAAGACCAGGCUAGCGCACAACCAACCGAUGCUGCGAAAAUAAUUGAACCUCGCCCCCUUCAACGACAGCGGAAACGCGCAGAUACUGUAUAUGUCGACGACGAUGGCGUUGUAGAAGACUCCGCUCCGCGGCGGAAAGAGACCGGCGCGCAACGAGCCGAGUCAACAGGCGUUGAAAUACAAGUUCGCGGCACGCCGCCGCCAAAUGCCAAAUAA